AUGUGUUGGCAGAGGAACCCGGACAGAUUCAUUUGCCUUUCAGGAGUUCUUCUUUACGACGACAGUUGCGUUUCCUUGAACUCCGACGACGUCUACGGUCUCAUCGAUGAAAACUUAUACUUGAGAAAGGCCUGCGUCCCUGGUGUGAUAUCUGGAUCAGUUGUGGAGAUUUAUCGUGAGAAGUUCCUGGACAGCACUUCGGAGAUGCUCGUCGACGCUGCUGAUGAGUAUCAUUGCCUUAGCCUCUGCUAUAAGGAAAAAACAAUUGCUUGUGAAUCUAUAAUCUUCUUUGCGGACAGUGGAGAUUGCCUUCUGAACACGGAAAACUCGUCAAAUGCCUCGAUUCUCAACAAUGAAGACGAGUUUCGAGUUACUUAUAUGGAAAGGAAGCAGUGGAAAAAAAGGGAACAAUGUUCGCAUUCGUUCCACCAAGUCCCAUGGGAUCAAAUUCUCAUACGCGGUGAUAGCCAGCUUGUGAAUGUCUCCGGAGGAUCUGACCAGUGCCUCUCGAUGUGCACAAGUUGCGACUUUGUAAUUUACAAUGAAAUGCUUUCCGAGUGUUUCUUAGUAAACAACGACGAACAUGGGCAGCAAUUCGAUUUUCUUGACGAUCACUAUCAGGUUUUCGAAAGUAUUUGUAAACGACCUAUUGUGGAAAACUGUUCAUCGAAGAACGCUCUUUAUAUUUCAUACUACGGACAUAAUUCAAUAAUCAGAAAUGCAUGCCUCCAAAAAUGUCUGGCCAACCCUACGUGUAGCCAUAUUUACUGGGAAGAUGGUCAAUGUGUGAUGUCGGCAGAACCGAUCCGGACUUCAACAAAGGUCAUAGAAAAAAUGUGUUUGACCCGGGAUGAGCUCGAUAUUGCUGUGCUAUUCGAAGAAACUGAAGGAUGCCCAGCACGACAAGACUACGGUAUUGCAUUCGGUCCAGUUGGAUUCAAGGACUGUAUGCAACUUUGCUUAACACAUCCAACAAGCAGCUGUGAAGCAAUCACUUUCUAUUGGGAUGGGAGAUGUCGACUACUGGACGGACGUACUCCGACAGAACCGACCACCAAAGCGGACAGCACUUGCCAACACUUCAAACUUAAUGUAAUCACUUUCCCUAACGAGAAAAGGCCCAAUCAAAAGAAAGUGAAGAGUAAAUCCAAGCAAUUAGGAAAACGAGUAGGAAAAGCGUUUGCUGCCCACAAAAAGGAUCAGAUAAAAAUCAGAAGUGAGCCUUUCACCCCCAGCGCUAUUGAAUUGGAAGUACAGACGGUGUGCAACUAUGAUGGAAUUAUUAUCAAGGUAUUCUCGCCAGUACCCAUCAUUGGUAAACUUUUCGCCCGAAACGCUCACGAAAACUGUUCUGAAGUUAUCAACGGAACAGAAGCUCAACUGAAAAUGUCGUUCAGCUCAGAAAACUGUGCUCUCUCGCAGAAAGAUUUUGUAUACGAAAAUGUGAUCGUGGUCAAACAAAACAACCUCAGUGACGUGCCCUUGAUCACGGAAUUCGACAAACUCUACCGUAUCUCAUGUGACUACAGUAAUCAGACAACCAAGAUGUCUGCCACCAGCGUCCUUCAUGUAAAAGAUACAGGCGGACUUUCAAUCCAUCCAUCUGGUAGAAUACCUUACAAGCCGGUGAAAAUGCAAUUGCGAUCGAGGCGGAAUUUCAAAAAAUCUGAGGUGGAGACGGUGAUUCUUGGUGAUGAUGUUGAUCUGCUCAUUGAAGACGAAAGUCGCUCCGGUAGAAAUUAUACGGUCUACAGUUGUGUUGCACGCAAUUUUGACGAGUGUAUAAAUAUAACUUUUAUUGAAGACGGGUGUCCAACACUGGCAGCCCGUGAAUAUAUGAUGAGAGGCGACAUUCGAAGAGAAUCCGGAGGAUUUCUUAUCCCAUUGCGAGCAUUUCGCUUUAAAGACAGCGACUCAGUGAGGAUCAGCUGCCAACUGGAAUAUUGUGACCGAUGUGAACUGAAGGACUGCUUAAAACAAACGAGAAGACGUCGCUAUCUCCCCUCGGCGGGGUCGUCAGUCAACUCUUUCAGAAGCGGUACUGAAGUCGAGGUCUCGCUACUCGUCAAAAGUAAGACUUCACCUACAGGUCUUGAAUGGAUGGCUGAAAACGAAACUUUCCUUGAUCUCUAUAUGGUUCGAAAAUCAGACUCUUACAUUGUUGGCGUGAUCUUCAUAACGUUAACUAUGGCCCUUCUCUCACUGUACGCGCCAUUCAACCUGAUGCUUGUUCUAGAUCGUGAAUUCCAUUGUUUACAAACUCAUCGUAUGAUGCAUGUGGUCGGAGUUCUGGACUGUGUUCAAUUGCUCAGCUACUCCUAUGCUGGUUUCGCUACGAUUUGGCCUGGACUCGUUCAUGAAGCAAUGAAAAUUAGUGAGAUUAUUGGUGCUACGAAGGUUGCAGCCUGGCAUGGGCUAUUUCCUUUAACGCUGUUGAUUGCUUUCUAUCGAUAUUCGAUUAUAAGAGGCACUACUCAACCUUGGGAAACGUUGAAAAUCGGCAUGAAGAUCGCCUUAGUUCUCUCCUUCGCCUAUUGCUUUGUUGUAUGGAUAUAUACAUUUUUAUUCAUAAAGAUCGUCUAUUAUCCAUACAGGUUUGUUUGGAAUUCGCCUUAUGAAAACGGUAUAAUGAACAAAAUUUUAUCUCAAGUGGAUUUUGUAGUUUCAAUGUUUUGUAUGUCGCUAACAUUCCUUGUCCAUAUAGCUAUGGUUAUCACAAUUUGCAAGGUACUGUUUACGGAUCGCGAAUUCAGAAAUUUGCAAGCCCAUCGAUUGAUGCUGUUUGUUGGCAUUCUUGACUGCAUUCAACUGAUUGGCCAUGUUUUUGGAGGUAUUGCUACAUUAUGGGAAUCUAUCAACUACAGUAUGCCAUACCUAUGUCAGAUAUUCGGCGCCACAUUGAAUUCAGCCUGGGUUGGCUUAUUUCCUAUUUCGCUACUGAUAGCUAUCCAGAGAUUCCUUAUUGUCAGAAACACUCUUAAGCCGUAUGAAAACUUUUCACCCACGAUGAAGAUUAUCAUAGUACUUUCUUUCGCCUACUGUUUCGCGUUUUGGGUAUGCUUGUUAUCCGUUGGAAAGGUUACUUACUCCCCUGACCAAUUCGCAUGGUCAUAUGGAGCAAAUACAGGAAGCAGUGUAUUAUCCGAUCUGGAAUUCGUGGUUUCAGUCCUUUGUAUAGCACUGACAUUUCUUGUCUAUAUAGCCAUUGCUAUAUCUCUUUAUAGGAAGACCAGAGGAAUGAAUACGAUGCGCAGAAGUGAGAAGCAACUAUUACUGCAAGCCACCAUAUUGUUUGUCAUCCUGACGAGUCUGAUAAGUCUCUGGCAUUUCUACUAUCUCAUACUGCCAGAUACAGUUUGGACGGUAGUCUGCAUAAACGUCUACUGGAUCGUUUACUGUGGCCUGAAUCCAAUAAUAUACAUCAUUUUUUCAAAGAGCAUCAGAGUUGCUUACAUGCAGUUUAUCGGAAUGCGAUUGAAGAAUCAUGUCACAAGGGUCUCGUUAGUUGUUGGAACAACCUCCCGACUCUGA